CGCUAUUGUCAAUCAAGAACUCCAGAGAACUACCAAAACAAACAACAACAUAACCCCAUCUCGUUUAUAAUGGCUGGCGUCAAACCCCUUUUCACCGAGGAAACUGCGAGACAGAAGGUCAAAGCAGCGCAGAACUUGUGGAAUACUCAGAACCCAGAGAAGGUCGCACAGGUGUACACGUCCGGUUGUACCUGGCGGAACAGAGAUUCGUUGUUUUCCGGAACAAAUGACAUUAUCGAUUUCUUAAAAGCAAAAUGGAGCCGCGAAAAAAACUACAGACUACGCAAAGAGCUCUUUUGCUUCACUGAUAACCGAAUCGCGGCAGAGUUUUGGUAUGAGUUCCAAGAUGCGAAUGAUGACAUGCGCUGGAAGCGUUGUUAUGGUCUCGAGGACUGGACAUUUGACCGGGAGACAGGGAAGAUGUGCAAGAGGAUGAUGAGUGGAAAUGACAUACUGAUUGGACCUAAUGGGAAUGGAGAGGGGAGAUGGUUUCUGGAUGAUGAUGUUGAUAAGGUAGUGAUCGAGGCGGAGCAUGGUGACAUGUCCUACUGUAGCACUUAGAUGAUUGUCAAUCAGAUUAGUCUCACCCACUAAUUCUGCAACAUGGAUAGUUAGUGUAUGUAGGAAUCCGAUAGCCAUGGGCAUCUGCAGGUUUUGCAUGUUACUAAAUCAAGCGUAUCGAUUGUUCCCAC